AUGCUGAAAAUGCCAUGGAUCAAAUUUUACUGCACCUUUGUGAAAAAAUCAAUUUAUCGGACUAUGAAUAGAUAAUAGAGGGACCGCAUAAAAGGGAUUCAAGCAACAGACAGUAAAACUAAUCUUUGAAUAUAAAGAGAUCGUAUUAGUUGCAGAAGAAAGGGACAUUGUGCUAGCUGGGUAGGUGUGGAGGACGGUUUAAUCCUACAGCAUUCUGAGGAGCAUACUCUUCAAUCCCAGUAUACUUAGCACCAAAGCAGCUGACUUCUUAGAGUUCAUUGGUUGAUAUUGUUGCCACAUGAUGUAUAGGGCUCAUGGAACAUUGGUUAUUUUGAGAAAUCUGUAGAAGUCUAGCCUGGAGGAUGGUUAGCUAGUCCAUCAAACCUCAAGGUAACAGCCCAAUUAACAAUAUCAUACAACCACCAAGAGCUCAACCCAACAACACAGUAUAUUGAUGAUUCCCUUAUCGCACACUUCCAGGAUUAAAAGCAAGGAUACAAGCUCUUAAUUGCAACAAGCAGAUAUGAUAGAUAGAGCCAAGAACAAGAAAUGCACUUAAAUAUACUUCAAAUUAUAUAAACAGAGUGCAAAACAACUGAAAAUGUGACAGAGGCAGAUACUUCGAUAUCAGAAUGACAAAAUUUAAAUGCGACUUUUUUCGACUGAAAUGGAUAUUUGUGAUCACAUUAUGGUUGUUGUUCAGUGCUGAGAUUAAUAAUGGGUUCAAUCUGGAUGUUGAGCAUGCAGAUGUGUUCCACGGGCCAAGAGAUUCAUAUUUUGGAUUUUCUAUUACGCUUCAUAGAAAUCAGCAGGGUGCAUGGUUGUUAACUGGAGCACCAAAGGCUGAGUCUAUUCACCAACAACAUCUACAUAAGCCAGGUGCUGUCUUUGUAUGUCCAACCACAUCCACUGGUAGCACCACAUGUGAACAGCUCAAACUAGACACCAGAAAUAACCUAUUUUGGACGUCUUGGCCAAGGUUUUUUGAUGAAAAGGACAACCAAUGGCUUGGUGUUUCUAUUGAUUCACAAGCCAACAAUCUCAACCCAUCUGAGGGCAUCAGUGGGAAAAUUGUGAUCUGUGCACAUCUAUGGAAAGAUCGUAAAUACAAGGAGCACAUUAGCGCAAAUGGUUUAUGUUACGAGAUAGACAGCAAUCUAAACUUUGACUCAGUGACCCAGUUACGCCCCCUGAUCGACAGUAGGAAACAGAGCAAAGAUGGGAUGCACUAUUACGCUUUUGGCCAGGCAGGCUCUGCUGUACAUUUUGCAAAGGAUGGAACCACACUUAUGUUGGGUGCAGUAGGCUUGUUGAACUGGACAGGAGGUGUAGUAGAAUAUGAUGUGACAGACUACACCAAAUACAUGGUAGACCCUGCAGAAAGAUCUGACAAUAACAGCUAUGUGGGAUAUUCUCUCUCUUCUGGUAGAUUCUACAUUGGGACUACCAUCUACAAAGUUGCUGGAGCACCAAGAUAUAAUAACCAUGGAAAGGUCUACAUCUAUGAAGGUGACUUCCAUGUGCGUAUGGAACUACAGGGUGAUCAGAUUGGUGAAUACUUUGGAGCAUCUGUAUGUGCAAUAGACUUAAACAAUGAUGGCUUAGAUGAUCUACUUGUUGGGGCACCCCUGUAUUCUGAUUUUGAAGAUGAAGGAAGAGUGAAAGUUUUUAUUAAUAAACAAAAUGGUGUGCUAUCUGAGGGAGUUAUAUUGAAAGGAUCAGGUGCCAUCAGAGGAAGGUUUGGAACAUCAAUUGCAGCUGCCGGGGAUCUCAAUAGAGAUGGCUAUCAAGAUGUUGCUAUUGGUGCACCAUAUGAAGAUAAUGGAAGGGGUGCCAUCUAUAUUUAUCAUGGGAGAUUUGAUGGAAUACACGCAGAAUACUCACAAAGGGUAGCAGCACGGAGUAUUGAUGAUACACUGAGAACAUUUGGCUUUGCCUUGAGUCGAGGAUUAGAUGUUGAUGAUAACCAGUACACAGAUCUUGCCAUAGGGUGUUACAAAUCCAACAAUGCGGUGCUACUAAAGACUCGUCCUGUUGUUAACCUUCAUGGAUCACUCCUUCUCUCUACCACAGAGCUAGAUCUUGUAUUCUCCACUUGCCAUUUAAACAACCACACUUAUAGCUGCCUUACAUUGACUGUCCAGUUCAAAUAUGAUGGACUUUCCCUGCCCCAAACAAUUAAUAUCCAAUACUCAUUAAAAGCUGAUACCUUGAAGCACUUGGACAAGGUCAAAUACAGAGGAUAUUUCUCUGGUACUGGCUCUGCCCAUGUCUCAGCACAUGCCAUGAUAGUCAAAGACAUUCCAUAUGUACAGAAAUAUACAAUCAUCAUUAAUCCUGAUAUAAAAGACAUUAUCACCCCACUUCAAUUUGAAUUGGAGUAUAGCUUAGAUAGUAAAACAAAACAGAGUGCCCACACCUUGCCACCUAUACUCAAUAUAUAUACUCAAACACUACAAAUAAAACAGGCAAUAUUUGCUCAUGACUGUGGAGAAGACAACAUCUGUUUAACAGACCUCCAACUGAGGGGUAACAUAGAUUUACCCCUGGGGAACAGUUAUAUCAUCCUGGGGUACCCCCAUGGCAUCAUCACACUCAACCUUGAACUCAACAAUAAAGGAGAGACAUCUUACCUCACAGAAAUUACAAUAUCAUACCCAAAACUAAUGCAAUAUAUUCAAGUAGAGACACUAUAUGGAGACAUUAAACUAAUGUGUAUUCCAAAUGCUAGAAUAAAUGAAAAUGACUCCAUGCCAUUAAUAUGUGAGCUGACUAAACCCAUGCAUGCACAUUCCAAAAUCAUAUUUGCAGUUAAGUUUGAUAUUAGUAAAAUAGAGAACACUAAAGGAGGGCUGAAUGUGGAAGCCAUUGUUAAAUCAGGGAGUGUUGAAUACGCCAAUACCACCAGAGACAAUGCUUUUAAACAGCAUCUUCCUAUCUAUGUGGAGGCUGAUGUAAUAUUUACAGGGGUGUCCCAUCCAGAACAACUAGUCUACAAAAACCUUAAAAACUCAUCUACAGGGUGUGCCAAAACCUCAUCUUCAGAAUACACAUAUCCCUUGAUACAUACCUUUGAUAUUAUGAACACUGGUCCUGGCAGACUGCCACAUAUAGAUCUAGAUAUCCUUGUGCCAAAUAUAACUUGCAACAAAGUUGCAUUACUUGAGAUUACAAAUAUUGAGAUUAUAUAUAAAAGUAAUUCCCUGGAACAUAACUGUAGAAUAGUUGAGAAUAAGUUCACAAGGGGGUAUGAUAAACCCAUGGACUCCAAUGGUACCAUAUAUGACAUCAAGUUUUCAACGGCACUAGAGCAGAAGGGGACAUACAGCCUGGACUGCACUAAUGCCCCUUGUGUCCAUUAUAGUUGUCAAUUAGGACAAAUUGCAGUUGGAGAAAGUGCACUCAUAAUGCUUCAUUCAAACUUACACACUUCUGUGUUACAUUCAAUGCAACCAUUGCAGUAUUUUGACCUGAUGACUGAAAUGUCCAUCACGUUGCCAUAUCAACCUGGGCUCAUUAUGUCACGACACACCCAGUCUAAACAGGUAACUACACACCUGUAUCCACAGUCCACAAGUUAUGAAACUCACUUGUCCUGGUGGAUCAUCCCAGCCAGUGCUGGCAUUGGCCUUAUGAUACUCAUCAUCAUUAACAUCAUCUUAUGGAAGUCUGGUUUCUUCAAAAGGAAGGACAAAGAGGACCUACAAAAACUCAUGUCUAGCUAUAGAAUAGAAAACACUGAAUCCUUACUUGAUCAUGAAAACAACAUUGAUAUUCUUGAAGGAGAAGACGGGGAUACUUUAUCCUCUAGAUCAACUACCACACUGAUAUAAUCAGACACUCAUAUAAUCGAGACUCUGAUAUAGCUUAUUGUAUAGCAUGUUUGCUGAAAAUAUCAUUAAUUCAAAUUCCCAUGAGAUUUCUGUUUAGAAUAAUAAUUAAUGAUAUUUUUGGUAAAUUGUCUCUGGAAUAAUAAACGAUAUUGAGGGGUUACUUAUUUCCCUGUCCUCAAUUCAAGUUGUAAAGAAUAUUGUGGUUUCUUUAUUCGAUGGAAACAUUUUGGAUGUACUUGGAGCUAGCUCUGCAACAUCAACAUUGAAUUCAUGCUCCAGGAAAGAAUAGACAAGGACUAGUAGGAUUUAUUUAUUCUUAAUGAACAAGGAGAUAUACAUUUUUUAUAAUCAUAAGUGCAAUAAAUUAUUGUGUAAUAAAAUAUAACAAUAACAUAAUGUCUGAUUUCUAAA